GUCAUUUUGAAGACCAAUCAUUUCACAGAAUACAUGGAUUGUAUUUCAUUGUAUUAUAUUUUUCCUAUUAUUAUUUAAAUAUGAUUAUUCGUGAUCGUCAUGUCUUGGAUACUGAAUCAUUCCUCUGGUUCAUGAAUGUAUUUAUAAUGGUACAAAAAAAUUGAAAACGAAAAAAAAAAUUUUCUUCUUCUAUUUCCGCCUUUUAAGGCGGGUAUACGGAUUCCUAUGUCGAAUAAUAUAAUAAUAAUCAAUAAUUAUGAUUAUUUGGAACUAUUAUGGUUCUAUAUUCUUCAAUAUCAUAUUGAUCUUAAUAUUAUUUAUAUCUAAAUCAAAACAUGAAAAAUGUUAUUGUUAUGUAAAUGGAACUAAUUCACAUCCCUAUCAUGAUCAUGAUGAUCAGUAUAAUGUGAAACGAUUAAUUCAUUGUUCUUUAAUUCAAUUAUCAUCUAAUUAUUCAGAAGAGUUAUUAUGUCAACGUAUUGAUCAAUUUAUUUGUAUUGGUCCAUAUAUAUCAAAUGAUAGUAAUAUAAAUUUAUUAAUAAAUCCAUGGGCAUUUUCUAAUUUAUUUAAUCAUAAUAAUGUAGUGAAUACAUUACAACUUGAUUUCAAUAUAAAGACACAACAAAUUAAUGCAUUAACAUUAGCUGGUAUGAAUAGUUUAAGAAAUUUAUUAGCUCGUACAAGUUUAACAAAUUGGGAUAGUUGUAGUUUUAUUGGUUUAAUUCAUUUACAUGAAAUUACAUUAAAUUGUAAAUCUAUAUUACCGGAAUAUUUAACAUUUGGUUCAUUUAUUACUGUUAUCAGAUUUGUUGAUUGUAUAGGUGUACCAUUACAAUUUUAUUGUAUUCAAUGUAUACAAGAUACAAAUGUAUAUGUUAUACGUAUACGUCCAGGACCACCACUUAGACAAUAUUUAAUAAAAUUUACACGACUUUCAUCAUCAUCGUCGUCAUCAUCAUCAUCAGUAUCAUCAGUGAAUAACAAGAUGAAUGAAAGAAAUGAGGAUUUAUCAAUAAAUCAUCAUUUACCACUUGAUAGUUGUAUUUAUGGAGUAUGCUCAGAUGAAAUGCUUUGUAGGAAUAAUUUACCAUUGAAACAAGCACAAGCUGGAAUAGGUCAACCUGAAAAACCUGUUAUUGAAGUUGUAUCCAAUAAUGAAUUAUUGAUUUCAAAUACAACUACAAUGGGAUUAUAUUAUUCUGUGCAAUUAUCUAGUAUAAAAUCUGUAUUGAAAACAACACCAUCUAUUAUACAACCGAUUAAUACAACAUCACAUUAUGAUAUUGUGAUACUGACUAAAUAUGGUCAUAGUAAAUCUGAUAAUAGACAAAAGAUUUGGAUUGUUUCAGCAAUUAUCAUACUUAUCAUUUUAUUCAUUAUUACUUUAGGUAUUUUAAUAAUUAUUAAUUAUCAACGUAAAUCAAAGCAUAAGCUUAAAUCUCGGUCAAACAAAUCUGUACACAAUCAUAAUAAUGGUAUUCAUAAUAAAUCAAAUGGUAGAACAACUCAACAUGAUUCACUUAUUAUUACAGAAGAUGGGAAUAGAAUUGAAUUGCCUGAUAUUGUAUCAUGUAAAUAA